AUGGAACGGGUGGAAGAGGACAUCCUGCUUGUAACUCAUUGUGUACGUAUGUCCUUUACCCUAAAUAAACAUUAUCAUUGGCGGAACAAAGGUGGAUUUCUUCAAGACGCAAGUAGACAAGUUGCUGCAAGAAGUGCCGCACCAACCAGACUGCAAGAAGUGCCGCACCAACCACACUGCAAGAAGUGCCGCACCAACCACACUGCAAGAAGUGCCGCACCAACCAGACUGCAAGAAGUGCCGCACCAACCACACUGCAAGAAGUGCCGCACCAACCACACUGCAAGAAGUGCCGCACCAACCAGACUGCAAGAAGUGCCGCACCAACCAGGCUGCAAGAAGUGCCGCACCAACCACACUGCAAGAAGUGCCGCACCAACCACACUGCAAGAAGUGCCGCACCAACCAGGCUGCAAGAAGUGCCGCACCAACCAGGCUGCAAGAAGUGUCGCACCAACCACACUGCAAGAAGUGCCGCACCAACCACACUGCAAGAAGUGCCGCACCAACCAGGCUGCAAGAAGUGCCGCACCAACCACACUGCAAGAAGUGCCGCACCAACCAGGUUGCAAGAAGUGCCGCACCAACCACACUGCAAGAAGUGCCGCACCAACCAGGUUGCAAGAAGUGCCGCACCAACCAGGCUGCAAGAAGUGCCGCACCAACCACACUGCAAGAAGUGCCGCACCAACCACACUGCAAGAAGUGCCGCACCAACCACACUGCAAGAAGUGCCGCACCAACCACACUGCAAGAAGUGCCGCACCAACCAGGCUGCAAGAAGUGCCGCACCAACCAGACUGCAAGAAGUGCCGCACCAACCAGGCUGCAAGAAGUGCCGCACCAACCAGGUUGCAAGAAGUGCCGCACCAACCAGGUUGCAAGAAGUGCCGCACCAACCAGGUUGCAAGAAGUGCCGCACCAACCAGGCUGCAAGAAGUGCCGCACCAACCACACUGCAAGAAGUGCCGCACCAACCAGGUUGCAAGCAGUGCCGCACCAACCACACUGCAAGAAGUGCCGCACCAACCAGGUUGCAAGAAGUGCCGCACCAACCAGGCUGCAAGAAGUGCCGCACCAACCAGGUUGCAAGAAGUGCCGCACCAACCAGGCUGCAAGAAGUGCCGCACCAACCACACUGCAAGAAGUGCCGCACCAACCAGACUGCAAGAAGUGCCGCACCAACCAGACUGCAAGAAGUGCCGCACCAACCACACUGCAAGAAGUGCCGCACCAACCAGGUUGCAAGAAGUGCCGCACCAACCAGGUUGCAAGAAGUGCCGCACCAACCAGGUUGCAAGAAGUGCCGCACCAACCAGGCUGCAAGAAGUGCCGCACCAACCAGGCUGCAAGAAGUGCCGCACCAACCAGGCUGCAAGAAGUGCCGCACCAACCACACUGCAAGAAGUGCCGCACCAACCAGGCUGCAAGAAGUGCCGCACCAACCACACUGCAAGAAGUGCCGCACCAACCAGGUUGCAAGAAGUGCCGCACCAACCAGACUGCAUGAAGUGCCGCACCAACCAGGUUGCAAGAAGUGCCGCACCAACCAGGUUGCAAGAAGUGCCGCACCAACCAGACUGCAAGAAGUGCCGCACCAACCACACUGCAAGAAGUGCCGCACCAACCAUACUGCAAGAAGUGCCGCACCAACCACACUGCAAGAAGUGCCGCACCAACCACACUGCAAGAAGUGCCGCACCAACCAUACUGCAAGAAGUGCCGCACCAACCACACUGCAAGAAGUGCCGCACCAACCAUACUGCAAGAAGUGCCGCACCAACCACACUGCAAGAAGUGCCGCACCAACCAGGUUGCAAGAAGUGCCGCACCAACCACACUGCAAGAAGUGCCGCACCAACCAUACUGCAAGAACUGCCGCACCAACCACACUGCAAGAAGUGCCGCACCAACCACACUGCAAGAAGUGCCGCACCAACCACACUGCAGUGGAAAUGA